GUUUCAUCCGAAAGUUUUAGUUUAUCGUGUAACGUCUUGGCGUGAGGUCGGAUCCAUUGUGUAGAUAUUUCUUUUAUUUUUUUCGAAUCGAACAAAACAAAAGCAAAAAAGAUACUUUUGUAUCUUUUCGGAUUGGAUUUUUCGAUUUUACUUCGACAAAUAUUUUGGAUUAUUUCCUAGUGUACUUAAAUUGAAGUUAUACCAAAUUUCAAGAUUCUAAAAGAUAGAUAGAUGCAUAAAAUGCAAAUUUCGUCAUUUUUAUUUUGAUAUUUUUCUGGCCGUCGUAUAUUAUUUUCGAUAUUCUGUUGUGAUUUUCUGCGCAAUUUUAUACCGUUUUAAGAAAAACGUGUUCCUAUUUUUUUUUUUAAAGAACAAAACAAAAAAUUUAAAAAAGAAAUUCGAAUAAAAUUAAAUAAAAGAAAGAAUUUCUAUAGUGUCGUUUAUAGAUGUAUCUAUAGAUACUUAUUGGAAAGUAUCUUUCUAUUCGAUUGAAAUUUAAAAGCUUUUUUUUGUUGUUUGUGAUCCGUCUUUGUUUUGUUUAAAUCUUUAACAUCACGUGUGCUCGAUAAAAAAAGAAACAAAAAUAAAAAAAAUCAAAAAAGUAUCUUUGUGAAAAUUAAGUGCAAAAAGGAUAGCUCAACUGAUUCGAUCGACAGAAACAAAAAAUAGUAUUUAAACAUUUAAACAAAAUUGGAUACAUACUUAUAGAUAUCAUCUGUAUAAGAUAAACAUCAUCAACAAAAUAAAAUUUGCUGCGCUAAAUGGAGUCAUUCAACGCUUAAAAUAUAAUGGCAUCAUUGUGUUUAAAAUUAAAUUAAAACAAAAAAAAAAAUUGAAAAAGUGCAUCUAUCAAUUUUUAAUGGAAAUAGAAAUGUAAUUGUAGUGUUUUUAGAAUAAAUAAAUUGGUUCAAGUAUUAGAUACAAAAUUAGUGAAUUUUCUUUGUUUUGGCAACAAACAAAAGACAAAGAAAAAAACACCAAAAGAGAGAUUAAAAUGCUCCAGCACCCCGCGACAGAUUUCUAUGAUAUUGCGGCUGCUAAUGCGGCUGUGAUAAGCAGUCGACACACCCCGCCAUACAGUCCGACGGGCCUGUCGAUUGCAGCACAACACAACAACAACAAUAACAAUAGUACAAGCAAUAAUAACAAUACCAGCAACAACACUGGCAGCAGUCUAGAUAUUUUGAAUCAAAAUGGUGCGGUGGGCGGUGGCGGUGGAUUAAUUGGCAGCGGGACAAACGGUAGUGGCGGCAAUAGUUCUGGCGGAGGUCGAGAAUCGUUGCCCAGUUUUGGGUUUACACAAGAGCAAGUGGCGUGCGUUUGUGAGGUCCUGCAACAAGCUGGUAAUAUUGAAAGACUGGGACGAUUUCUAUGGUCAUUGCCACAAUGUGAUAAAUUGCAACUUAACGAAUCUGUGCUAAAAGCAAAGGCAGUUGUUGCAUUCCAUCGAGGACAAUACAAAGAACUUUAUAGAUUAUUAGAACAUCAUCAAUUCUCACCGCACAAUCAUGCUAAAUUACAAGCGUUAUGGCUAAAAGCGCAUUAUAUUGAAGCCGAAAAACUGCGCGGAAGACCUCUAGGUGCUGUUGGCAAAUAUCGUGUCCGUCGUAAAUUUCCACUACCACGCACAAUUUGGGACGGCGAAGAGACGAGCUAUUGCUUUAAGGAAAAAUCAAGAUCGGUUCUACGAGAAUGGUAUGCCCAUAAUCCAUAUCCAUCACCCAGAGAAAAACGUGAACUAGCAGAGGCUACUGGACUGACAACGACACAGGUUUCAAAUUGGUUUAAAAACCGACGACAAAGAGACCGUGCAGCCGAGCACAAAGAUGGUACCUCGGACAAACAGCAUUUGGACUCUUCCAGCGAUUCAGAUAUGGAAGGACCCAAUUCAAUGUUGCAACAACACUCACAAUCCUCCGCACAGUCUUCACAGCACAACACAACGAAUCACCAUCAACAGCAACAAUUAUCACCAGCGAGCCACCAUCACACAACGACAGCCCAUCACGGCCAUGGUCAUCAUACGACCACGGGAUCCACAGGAGGUGGUGGUUCAGCUGGCUCAUCCGCAGAUCUCCACCAGCAACAACAGCAGCAGCAGCAUCACCAUCAUCCUCACCAUCACAGCGGUGGUGGUGGUCACUCCAAUAACAACCUGUCAGCGAUUAGCAAUCUUAAUGCAUCGUUGGUGGGUGUGGCGUCUAGUGGUGGAGCAUUGUCGGCAGCCGCUGCUGUGGCCGGUGGUGGCCUGUCACUGUCAUCGCAAAAGUCAGGGGUGGGCCAUCAGAUGGCGCCCCUUUCAGUAGCGUACUCGCAUCUGCACAGUGUGAUGGGCUCGAUGCCGCUCUACGAUAUGAGCGAGUAUCAGCACUUAUGAUUUUAAGUUUAAUUUUUUUGUUUCGAUUUAAUUAUUAAAUUUAUUUAUAAUAUUAUAUAUUUUUGUUGUAAAUAUUAAAUAAAAAAAAUAUUUAUUAUUUUGUUUAAAAACAAAUUUUAAUGUUUAAGUUAAUAUUUUUUUUAUUUUUUCUGUUUUGCAAUAUUUAAAAUUAAUAGA